UGGAAAGAAGCUCAAAACAUGGGUGCAAGAUUAGGACGCUGAAGACCGAAUCAGAUCAACGCUUAAACCCUAGAGAGCCAUGAAACGGAGUGUGCUCAGCAACGUCUCUCUCUACACUCGCAGUCUUCUCCACUCUCCUUCCACACACCGCCCAUACCCUAACACCUCAAUCGCCCCACUCGCCGCUUCCACUCCCUCCCGCCUCAGGUUCUUCUUCUCCGGCGACGACUCCUCCAAUGAAAAACCCAGCUCUUCUACUCAAACGAGCGUCGCGCCUCCCGCGAAAAAGGAUGUACUCGCCACCGUCCAGGAUGUCAGUAACAAAGAUCUUAAAGCACAGAUAGAGAAGUACUUUGGCGGUGAUGAGGAAGCACUUCCAACGAUUUUUGAGUCAAUUUUGCGGAGAAAGUUGGUGGACAAGCACGAGGAGACAGAUGACGAGCUGCUGGAUGAACUCCAGAUGCAGCCACUUGAUGAUGUUAAAGACCAGGAAUUUGAAUCAGAUUUUGAGGAGCUGCAUGAGACUGAUGAUGAGAUUGAUGAUUUAUAUAAUGCAAGGGACGUUGUUAUGAAGAGGAUGGCAAAGGACGAGUGCUUCAACAUGGAUGAGAAAAAGUGGGCUGAGCUUGUUGAGGAUGGGAUUAAACAUGGAGCCCUUAGGGACACAAAAGAGUGUGAGGAGAUUCUGGAAGAUAUGCUUAGCUGGGACAAACUCCUUCCAGAUGAAAUAAAGAAGAAAGUGGAAGAAAAAUUCAAUCUACUAGGGGAUAUGUGUGAAAGAGGGGAGCUCGAACCUGAGGAGGCUUAUGAACAUUUUAAGAAGUUUGAGGAUGAAAUGGUUACUGAAUACAUGAAGAUGGUGGAAGCGGAGGAGCUUCCACAGUUUGACAAAACUGAUGUACCUGACAAGAAAAAGGACUUAGACGAUCCACCAGGUGAAGGUCCAAUCCUCCGGUGGCAAACUCGGGUAGUCUUUGCACCUGGUGGUGAUGCUUGGCAUCCAAAAAACAGAAAAGUGAAAUUGUCUGUCACGGUAAAGGAAUUUGGGCUUUCAAAAUACCAAUUUCGUCGACUCAGGGAAUUAGUUGGAAAACGUUACCAUCCAGGGAAAGAUGAACUUACCAUAACUAGUGAGAGGUUUGAACACCGGGAAGAAAACAGAAAAGACUGCUUAAGGACUCUUCUCUCCCUUAUUGAGGAGGCUGGGAAAGCUAACAAAUUGGCAGAUGAUGCUCGGGCUUCAUAUGUGAAGGAAAGGCUUAGGGCCAAUCCAGCAUUUAUGGAGAGGCUGCAUGCCAAGACCAAGAGAUUGCGAGAAUCUAACCAAGUUCCUGCUUGAAACAUUUCAGGUUGGCUAUAGGACGCUUCAGAUGAAUUUGCAAUCUUGGAUCCCUUGCUGAGUUGAGUUCCCCACACACUUUUAAAAUUAAUUAAAAGGAAGAAGACAAUUCGGUUUUGAUAAAAAAUUUUAAAAAUGAGUUCCAAAUACGAUUCAAGUAAAUGCAAAUUCAAAAGUUCUAAUUGAAAAUAAAACAUUUAAGCUAUAAAUGUAACUCAGUUUGUGAAAACAAUAUUUACAGCUCAUUUUUAACAAAAUUUUGUUGGUGACCUAACUGUAAUUAAUUUGAUCUUUCAGGACUUUAUUGUCAUUCUUCCAAAUUAAAAUACAGCAUAAAUGCCAUUCCCCAAGGAAAAGGGAUUUUUAAGAUGUUUUCGCUGUUUUUUCUUUGAAUGGCGGAGCUUUUUGGUAAUUCUAAUUUUGUAUGAUUUCCAAUCCUUUUUCCACUCUAGCUGUUUUCGGAGGAUUUAUCGCCCCUCCUUUCAAGUACAUCUCAAUCUCUCUUUGAUCUUUGGAAACACAGGUUGAGCAGGAGCAUAUAGAAAGUGAUUAUUAAUUGCGCAAUAGUAUUAAUAUUUCUUUUUAAUAUUCUGGGUAUCGAUUUCUGCAUCUAUGGAUUUCUCCUGGUGAUAUUGACAAUAUAGAGCUUGGAUUGUGCUCUAUUUUCAGCAACAUUUCUUGCGGUGUC